AUGUUUUGGUUGAUUUUAUUUUCCAUCCCCGUUGUCCGAGGGCAGUGUUCCCAGCAGUGUGGUCCAAUUUCCUCGCUUUUAUCAUCAUGCUCGCUUCCUGAUCUCGACACGGAUUGGCACGAGUUCCAACAUCUCCCCAUCGAACGCAAUCUCUCUGGUCGGGAAUACGCUCCAUUCGGAAAUGGGCCCUCGACGGCUCGGAUUGCGACAUACAACGAAGCGCGAUGCUUCUGCACUAAAGCUAUCAACUCACUCUCAGACUGUGAAGUCUGUGCCCGCUCAGCUUCUGAGUCGGAGACCCCGAUAGCCAACCAGAACGAUGUUGCAAGGUAUUAUCAUGAGGACUGUAAGGCAUUUGGGUAUUUUGCCAACUCAACCCUCUCCUCUCCUUCUACGACUCUAUCAUCCAUGCCGCCGGCGACUAAAGCACCGGACUACAAUCGCGAUUGUGAGAUCUGCGGUGUAAUCCAUGGACAAAUUACGGAAUGUGAUCUGGUCGACCUAGACAUUUUCCCGACACCAACUCAGACGAGUGUACUCGCGGAGGGGUAUGAUUUUCACGGGAACGUAUUACUCAACCGAACGGCCGCCGAGUGCUUCUGUACGCUUCCUGUCUUAAGACGACUUGAUGGCUGCAGACAAUGUAUCACCAUUAAAAACGACGAUCUACGGGAAGUCUUCGAUUUGUAUCGGUCCGAAUGCGAGAAACUAGGCUACUGGACUGACAACCAGGUUGUGGAAUAUGAAAGCUCUCCGAGUAGUACUACUAGUACUCAAUCUGGUUCGAGCCCGACUUCACAAGCACCGGAAUCUCCACAGACUGGUGAGGGAGCUAAUAUCAAACGGACACGACUGCUACCGCCUCUUGUAUUAUCUGGUACUAUGUUGCUUUGUAUUUUCUGA